GACAUAAGAGCGCAGGUAGCAGUGCGACUACGAUAACAACGUUGACGAUGACACGCGACAUGUCGUCAUGAGUCGCGCGUAGGUCCGAACGGUGGUCCUAGGCGCGAGAGGACGAAGGUAGGAAGGAGGACUGUGUACGUGCGAUCCCUCGGCGGAGAAGGGACUGUACGGAACUGUCGACUCGCAAGUCCCGACGAAGAAGAGACGACGACUAUCAGCUCGCGGAAAUGCCGAUCGUCGUGAGAAACUGCCCGCACUUGGCCAACCGUGGCGACCUCGCCUUCAUCGAGGCGGUGGUCGCGCAGGAGGAGCGUUUCGUCAAGUGCAGUGACUGCGACGCGGACGGACCUAACCUCUGGCUGUGCUUGUUUCCUGAUUGUCGCUGGGUCGGUUGUGCGGAGACUCACCUCGACCACAGCACCAUACACAAUCAGAAUUUCCCGAGCCACUGCGCCCACAUGAACCUGUCCACCAACAGGAUAUGGUGCUAUUCCUGCAAGAGAGAGGUCUUCGCUAGACACGUGCCCUCGCCACCGGUGUCGCCUACACAGGUGGAGUUCAAGACGAUGGGUAACAAAUUCGCUGGAGACGUUGCUAACAACGUCGAGUGCAAGCUGGAUGGCUUGGACAGACUUAUGCUUGAUAAAUUCUACGGAGAGUUGUUCGUCAACAGAAUAAAUUCGGAUAAGGGUAUCCCGUUCAACGAGAAGUCCGGAGACUCUCCCGACAGUACAGACUCGGACGAGAGCAAGGACUUCUCCGGGAAGCCGAGAGGCCUCGUGGGCCUGCAGAACAUCGGCAACACGUGCUAUAUGAACGCAGCGUUACAAGCAUUGUCCAACAUACCUCCGUUGACGCAGUUCUUCUUGGACUGCAGCCCUAUGGUCAACUACAUGUCCAAGGACAGGAAACCCGGGCUGUGCGUGAGCUACUUAAAUCUCAUUCGGGACAUGUGGAACAAGAGGACCCGGGGCUACGUCGUGCCGCAUGGCAUUCUUUCCGGCAUUCGCACGGUUCACCCGAUGUUCCGCGGUUACCAUCAGCACGACACCCAAGAGUUCCUCAGAUGCUUCAUGGAUCAGCUGCACGAAGAGCUGAAGGAGCACAUCGAGGACGACCGGGAGGUGCAGCUGCGGCUGAAGGGUCUCGGCGACCACUCUUCGGACGAGGACGAGAUGGACGGCAACGCGUCCAGCCAGUCCGACGCCGAGUACGAGACCUGCGACUCCGGCGUGAGCGAACAGAGCUCGCUGAGCGACGAGGGUGAGCGCGGCACGAAGAGACGGUACUCCCGCGUCUCGCAGACGGAGAAGCUCCGGAACAAGUUCACCAACCGGAGCAUGAAGAAAUCGAACGUCGAGCCGGCCACGUUCGCGCCACAGCAACGCUCGCCGCAGAGCUCGCCGACCAAGCACCGCACCAAGAAGCAGAUGAAGACGCGCAGCAUCAUCAGCGAUACGUUCGACGGCAAGCUACUCAGCAGCGUGCAGUGCCUGACGUGCGACCGAAUCUCGACCCGCGUGGAGACCUUCCAGGACCUGUCCUUGCCCAUUCCGAGCAGAGACCACAUCGAUAUGCUGCACCAAGGCUCGCUGACUCCGCAGAAAGCCGGCCCGUGUUCGGACGUGGUCUACGUGACCAACCAGUCCGGCUGGCUGUCGUGGUUCCUGCAGUGGAUGCGCUCGUGGUUCUGGGGACCGGUGGUCAGCCUGCACGACUGCCUCUCCGCGUUCUUCAGCGCCGACGAGCUCAAGGGCGACAACAUGUACAGCUGUGAGAAGUGCAACAAGCUGCGCAACGGCAUCAAGUUCUCCAAGGUGUUGGAGCUGCCCGAGAUACUCUGCGUCCAUCUCAAGCGAUUCCGCCACGAGCUCAUGUUCAGCUCGAAGAUCGCCAACUACGUGUCCUUUCCGCUCGAGGGCCUCGAUAUGCGACCCUACCUUCAUAAGGAGUGCGUGUCCAAGGUCGCCACCUAUAACCUGAUAUCGGUCAUCUGCCACCACGGCACCGCUGGUGGCGGACAUUACACGUGCUACGCGCUCAAUCAUAUCGCCAACAAGUGGUACGAGUUCGACGACCAAUGCGUGACCGAGGUGUCGCCCGAAACGGUGAAGCACUGCGAGGCUUACGUGCUGUUCUACAAGAAGUGGUCGCCGGAGAUGCUGCAGCUGCGCGACAAGACGAUAGAGCUGAUGGAGAUAUCGUCCCGUGAGCUGUCCGACCUCAACUUCUUCGUUUCACGGCAAUGGAUCAAUCGCUUCAACACCUUCUCCGAACCUGGACCGAUCGACAAUUCAGACUUCCUGUGCCCGCACGGAGGUGUGAUUCCCGUGAGGGCGCAGUUCGUCGACAAGAUCAGCAUGCCCAUACCUCAAGCGGUCUGGGAAUAUUUAUAUAAUGCAUUCGGCGGAGGGCCAGCGUGCACACACCUGUACCAAUGUCCGACCUGCGAGGAAAAGUACGAAUCCCUGCAGAAACGCAGGCAAUACGAAAUGGAGCUGUUCCAACGGCUGAACCACACUACCGACAAUCCCACGGCUAUCUACGGACUGGCUAUGGCUUGGCUGAGACAAUGGCAGAGCUUCGUACGCGGCAAAGAGACGCAGCCACCAGGACCAAUCGAUAAUAAUUCCAUUGUUAUUAAUAAGAACGGGCAAAACAGUCUCAAAGUCGGCUCGGAUUACGGCCAGAUACCUGAGGAGCUGUGGCAGUUCUUCCUCACGACGUACGGCGGAGGACCAGAACUAAUGCUGCACUCGUGCCAACGCCCGGUGCCCGCUCAGCCUAACGUUUCUAUACAUUCCGCGUCGAAUUCGAAUUUGAUAGAUCCGAAUGUUAAAUGUAAUCGCGCAGUAGAGGCUAAGUCCAACAAACUUUGCACGACCAGGAGCUCGGAGACCAUUUCGCAGCAAGACAGUGCUAUCGAGAGCCUAACUUCGGAUAGCGACUCCCAUCAGACGCAGAGGGACGUGAGUUUCCACAGGCGAGACGCAGACGAGAAAUGGUCCGGAUGAUAUCUUGGAACUGAGACAAUCUUCGCAGUGGGGACAGCGAAGCGACCGGA